CAGGUGCCCAAUUAAAUCACUGCAUACCAUUCACCGCGGCAGUGUAAGAAUGGGACCAACAUGUCGGAUGUAAGUUGUGUUGUAGAGGGCAGAGUGAAAUAUCGAGAUGGAAAAAAGUGGAAACCCCGUUGGUGUGUGCUAAGGAAGCCGUCCCCCGUAGCUGAUCAGCUGAAUGUACAGCUAUAUAAGCUGGAUGUGAAGGAUGUCCACAAACGACAGCCCAAAGCAAACUUUAAUUUGGAAGGAUUCUUUGGUUUGGAGACGGGGUUCAGUUACGACAAGGAAGCCAAUGUCCUAGCCAUCGUCUGCCAGAAACAAGUCACACUGUUCUCCUUUGAAAACAGAGACAACCUGAUACAGUUCGAGAUCAAGAUCAGGAGGAGUUUAGGAGAGGAAGACCAAUUUAAAGUACAGCUGACCAAUGUUCCCAACAACAGUAAGCUGCCAUUGGAGUUUCUUCGUAUGCACAUCCAUGGACAGAAGUUCUGUCUGACAAACAGUGUCCCUCCCAAAGUGUUGGCAGCCUGGCAGAUCUCGGAGUUGCGAAGAUUCGGAGUAGUGGAAAAAAGGUUCAUAUUUGAAGGAGGAUCUACCUGUGGAAAAGGGACAGGAGUUCAUGCCUUCUCCUCAGAACAGGCGGAAUUAAUAAAUGAGAUCAUCAACUUAGCGAGCCAGGGAAAGACUGCCAGUUGUAGGAAAUCUAUUAAGAGAAGGUCUCAGUUAUAUGACUAUCAUUUGGAGCCUCUAAGCAGCUCCUUUAAUGACAACAGUCAGUUCAGGGACUUUCAGAACUGGCAGACUUGUGGAGACCAGAAUUUCCUGGACGACAAACGAACAAAACGUCACUCCCUUAGUUUCACUGAUUUUUCCCACGCAUCUGUUUACAAAGAGAAGUUCACAAAGAACAAAAAUGAGCUAGAGGCGGAGAGAAGGAAAUACUUUAAAUACAUGCUGUAUGACGUUCCUCCUAGUCGCAAUUCCAACCUGUAUCUCAAUACUAGACCUUUUCAAGAGCCAGUCCGUUAUUCACCAAAGAACUCUCAGGAAGUCAAGAAUGUCUCAAAUAUUUUGUCUCAUAAACUCAGCAAAGAAUGUGUAGACAGUAGAAUUGAACAAUGGAUUGAGUCGGAGGCGUGUCUGAGCUCUGCGAGUGGACCAAGUUCUGAUUCUCAGAUGAGUAUAUCUUCUGGGGACAAUUGUAUGACUGCUCUUGGACAGAUGGUGAAAGUCUCAGCUAGUGCUCCGUCCCUGUGUGCAUAUGGCAUUUAUGGCAGUCGCUCAGAAGACAUUAAGUCAAUGUCUGUUGCUUCCGUGCCAUCUAAGAUUGAGGAGGAGACUGACAGUUGCAGGAGAAUUGAGCUUGAAAACCUUAAAAAAUCAGAACAGGAGUUACAAAGGGAGAUAAGUCUUUUGGAAGAAAUUAUGAUGGGUGUGAAAGAAAAACCUGGAGGAAAACCUGCAGAUUCUCUUAAAGAAAAACCACCGCCUUUACCCAGAAAGAAAUCCCGAAAUCACCGCCGUGCUACGCUUAGUCCCCGCGCUGACCGAUACUCCACCAUAAGUUCACAGGGUAGUAUUUCCGGGUAUUCGGACAGUGUGCUGCUGAGUCCCACUCUGGUUUCAAGGUUACGCAAAAUUCCAUCUCAUUCCAAAAUGUCUGCUCCUCUACCAUAUGUCAAUUUGGACAAGUAUGAUGCUGGUGUAGACAUUGAGAAAUGUCAUGUGUAUGUUAGGAAUCAGUCAGAUGAUGAUGCUUGCAGUAUCAUUUCUCACCGAAGUGGAAGUUAUGAUAGUGAAUCAAAAUCUCCAAGAGAUCUAAGCACCAAAGGAAGGUUCAGUUAUGUUACAAGGACUAAUGGUGAAUCUCAGAAAAUUCCUAUUGAUCUCCCUGAAUCAAACUAUGCAAACACCGAGUGCAUUUACGCAAAUGACUAUGCUGCCAAAGAAGCAUCACUGCAACCUCCCGCACUGCCUCCAAAAGGACCUGCUCUCAUGAGUAAGAGCAGACCUCUUCGGCCACCUCCUAUACCACAUGGCAAGCACAGAGAACACCUGACAAAAAGGAAUAAGUGUUCUUCUCAAUAUUCAAGUCCAAGACAAGGCAUAAACCCAGUAAUGAGUCCAAUAAGGGAGCCUAAUUAUCUCUUAAUGGCAGGAGUGGAUUCGUCACCGAGCAGCAGAAGACGAUCGGAAGUGCCAUUGCGUCUGCCUCAUGGAAGUUUUUCAGAAUUGUCUGAUUUUAAAGAUGGGCUAUUGAAAGUAAGGUUACCCAAACAAUCUCCAUCCCCAGCAGGAAAGGAAAAUUUUAACCCGGACGUUUGUGGUUACAUGGAUAUGAGUGGAAUGUUUGAAGAUGAACGGGUAACAAUGAAAUCCAAGGAUGAAGUGGAGUCUUCAUCAGACUCUUCUCAGAAGAUCUACACGAGGUCUAGUAGUGCUUCUUCUAUUACAGAAAAUCGUUUCUCCCGACCAUUGUUUCAACAUUCACUCAGUUUAACUGACACUCCUAGUAUCCCAGUGAGAGAGGAAAAUUACUUACUAAUGCAUCAUCUUACUAGUCCAAAGAAAUCAGUGCUUGAAAAUCUGCAGUCCCUGAAAAGUUUUGUGAGUAAUACUGAGGCAAUAAGAAACUCAGUAGUUGAGGAUGAUGGCCCCUCAGGUUCACCAAAAAUUGAAAGACACAAUUCUGUAGAGGAGACUUCAGAUAGAAAUGUGACACCUGAAAAGGCUAAAGAAACCGUGAAAGGGAAAUCUUCCUUGCCCUUUCCAAACUUGAUUAACUUUCAGAAACACAAUAUUCAUACGAGUUCUACCCAAGAUGUAAAUAAAAGUGCCAGUGCAGCUUCAGUGCAAUCUUUAAACAGUGAUAAAAGUACGGAGAAUUCGGGUAAAAGUCCGGGAUUCCUGACCAGAUUAAUCCGAAGAAAUUCAGGGAACAGGAAAAGCAUGUCUCAGAGUCAGGAGAAUCUUCUAAACUCCAGUUCAAGUGAAAGUUGUUUAGACAAAACCUUAUCAAAUAUUCAAGUCUGCAGGGAAAAUGCAAGUGUCAAGGACUUUUCAACAUCUAGCAUGGCCUCUACCACUAGUAGCAGUGUUGAACAAAGCCAAAUUGAAAUUGUUGAGAGAAGACGAUCUUCUAGCUUUCCAAACAGAUCUAGUUUUCUAGAGAUGAAUUCAAGUGCUUCCAAAGACAAUUUCCAUCAAACUUCACAAGAUUCAUUUUAUUCCAAUGGGACCACAGAUGAAUACAGACAUUUGAUUGGAUCGGCGCAGACUGCCGAGUCAAAGGACAUGGGCAGUAUUGAAUCCAGUUCUACAAAUAAAACUGGCUAUACAGGCCCUUGUGAUGGGCAGACCGAUUCAGAGGACUCAGCAUCUAAAGAUAAGUCAGAGGGAAAAUGUUUGUCUCCAAAAUCUUUUCAGAAGUUUAGAAAAACUCAGGAAAUGGGAAUUUUCACAGUUUUACGCGUAGAUGAGCCAUCAUAUAAAAUGCCCCUCUGCCAGACUUCUAGCAAAACCGAUGAUGAAAAACUGAUUGACCUUAUGAAAUACUCAAAAGUGAAAGACUACUAUGGUGAUACGGAUUCUGAGAAGACUAAUUCAUUAAAAUCUGAUGAUUUUAAAUUGAAUAUGUGUCCCAAGAAAGCUUUUUCACCAGACGAAGAAGCAGCAGCCAUUGCAAAAUAUGUAUCCUCAUUAGCACCAUUUGUUCCUCCAAAACAAAAGAAUUACCCUUGUAGUACAUUGUCACCUGUAUUGGAGACAGACCCGUCUCUUGGGAGAGAGGAAAUCUGGAAAGAGGAUAGUGUGUUGGACAAUAAAAGCAUUUCCUCAUUCAGAUCAGAACACAGCUACGCUCUUAUUGGUCCUAAUGAUGAUGAUGCUCUGCCUAAAGUUAACAAGGCAGGGGAGGAGGAGGAGGUUGAGGAAUCAAUAUGGGUACCAAGGCAAGUGGCAAAGGAAGGAUCUCCUGGGUCUGUCAGUAGUACUGUGGAUGAUCAGGACUCCAGGUCCACAGCACUGGUUGUGGAGUUAGAUGCUGAGAGCCCCACUGACGACAACGUCUCAUUGUCCUCCUACACGGAUAGCAUCAGCAGUGACAAUGCACGACGGAACAGCCCAGCCUACACGUACAUGAGACCUAGAUCAGGCAAUUGUUACAUAAUGUUGGAGAGGAAGCGGCCACUGAAUGAGAGUGUUAGUUCAAGUCCGUCACAGACACCUCAUUCUCCCUCCAUGAAUUCCAGUGUCUUCACAUUUGAUCAAGUAUCACAGUUUAGCUCUUUUAGUCGGGAGAGAGAUUCACCCAAUUUACCCAAGUUUUCUAGGUCAGAAAGUAUGCACUCCAGAUUUUCAGAAAGAGCCAGUUCUCAAAAAAUGUCGUUCAUGAACAUUGAUCUGACUCCGCCCUCAUCACCUCCCUUUUCCCAGUCGUUGUCUCUUCCAGCAGAACAGCUUGAACGUCAGCUGAAUUAUGCCGAGAUUGAUCUCCGAGAAAGGCCUACCCGCAAAAGCCGAAAAGCUUCCCAGAAGUCCUUGAAAAUGCAAAAGUCUACUUCCAUUGAGUAUGCCAUGAUAGAUAUGGAAGCAACCAUUGCCAUUCAGAGAGCUGGCCAAGAACAUAAAAUGUCUCGUGUAGACAGCUUAAAGAGGUCAGAUCAGAAACUGUCCCUUUCAAUCCCAGAGCAUGGGACAGAUAGUGAAGAUGUUCCAGAACCAUCACCGGCCAGCACCAAAGAUGAGACCACCUCACAGGAGGGUAGCACCUUUCUUACAACGCACAAAUAUGUAAAUGUCCCUCCUCCAAAGGGGGAAGAAGUGGAAAAGGAGAAGAAAGAAGAAUGGGAUGAUCUUCCAGAGAAAAUUCUAUUACCGAUCAGAGAAAAUCAGGACACUUCAAGUAGCGAGGGUGAAGAGGAGGAAGAUUCAGAUUCCUCGGAUGGAGAAGUCAUCGUAUACGAGUAGAUGCUCGUUUAAUGAAUACAAUUAUUGUUAUAUGUAAAGGCAGUGCCAAAACUUCUCUCAUUUAAUGAAUACAAUUAUUGUUAUAUGUAAAGGCAGUGCCUAAACUUCUUUUUUCAUAAAAUUACAUCCAAAAAAAAAACCAAACAAAAAACCAAUGGGGUUCAUGAAUGUGCAGUCAUUUUGAUAUAAAUGAAUGUUUUUGAGUUUUGUGAUGUGGAAGAAGCCACAUAAAGCUACAUUAAGUUUUUAGGAUGAUGAUGAAAUCAUUAUGAAGUGGAAAUAUGUCUUGUUUGUAAAGCAGAAAUUUUUUUUGACAGAAUCUUUCUGUUGAGUCUGUUUUUUUUGUAGAAGAACCAAUGACAGGCAAAUUUAAUUAUUGAUUUACAUUAGAGGAAAUGGAUAAUAUAGAACCACCUGUGCACACAAACCUCAAUGUAAAAACACUGACCGGUCAGCUAUUUAUUUAACUAGUGCUUUAACUUAGGGAAUUUCAAAGAGACCAUGCCGUUUACACAAUAAUGUGUUUUUGCAUUUCCCUUUCUAUUUGAUUUCAUGUACCACAAUGAACAUGAGUGAAUAUUAACUGUAACAGAUGUCUUUUUAUUCUUUUACAUGUACACCUAAAAGAACCAUAAUGCCAAAUUUCUGUUGAUAUACAUGACUGCCAAAAUGUGUUUAGCUUAUUUCAUUGUGUGUGGUUGUUUACAAUAUUGUUGUGGAUCAUAGAACAGACUUCAUUAUUUAAUGGUUGUCUUCUUAGAGGCAUAAUGUGUGAAAAUGGGCUUCUUUUUUUCAAGGUGCUAUUUAUUUUGUCAAAAUCAUCCAUUUAUACCCCUAUUUUGCAGGGAAAUAUUUCAUUGUUGUUGCAUGGUAGAAUUUAGAGGUUAUUUAUGUGUAGUGACAAUGUGAGUCUUUUCAGCAGAACGGUGAAUUUUCUAAGUUUACAACAAAAUAUUGAUAAUAUGAUGCAUUUUCAGUGUUUUUCCCUUCCCAUUUCAACGAACUUUUGAAUUACAACGAAGUAAAAGAUUUGAAAAUCAUAUGACAUGAAAUGAUAUAUUUUUGUAGGUUUAUAUUUUUAUACAAUUGACAUGAAACACAGGGUGGAUUAUUUUUGUAACCAUAAUACAUAUGCACACUGUUACAAAGUCAGUUAUCUUUUCUAUUCAAUACUCACAAUGUUUCAUCAUGUGGCAAAUUUCUGCAUCCAUGUCCUAAUUCUGUUAAAUGAUUUUUUAAAUUUUCAGUAUGAAUUAUUUGCUCAAUAUCGCAUGACUAACAUGCAUAAUGUAGUGGCAUGCAAUACAAGUUGCUUAAUGAUAUUUUUUACAACGCUGUGAUCAUUUAUAACUAUACCAGGCAAAAGUCCAAACCAUCAUUCUUUUUUCAAAAAUUACAAAAAUGAACCGCUUUUUGAUAAGAAAUAUUGGUAUGUGUUUAGUACGUGUCCGGGGUUUGUAUAUGCAUGUGUAUUUCCUUGUAUAUUUUGAUUUCGACCAAGGACACUGCAUACACAGUCCCACUGGUUGCAGGGGUUGAGCCCAGUUUUUGUAAUCCGUAUAGUCAUUGUUAACAUCUUUGUAUAGGGUAACUAACUGACUCCAGGUUACAAAACUCCGCUUAGUCCGAGACUCCUGGUUCCCUUUUAAGAUGACAUACGCGUAUUUUGUUGCCAUGAUAUUGAAAGUCUUCAACAUUAACAAAUAAUUGUAAUGACUGUACCAAUACUAUUGCAUGUAAUGCAUCUUGAUAAAAUUAUGACCACUUGAUAAAAUUUAUUUAUUUUGUUUUUGUGAUUUAAACUAUUUUUUUUUUUUUUACAUGUACAUGAUAUUGGUCUAUACUGCUAUAUUUCCCCUUUGAAAUCCUCACAUUUUGCUUAACCGUGAUACACCAUGCUCUUUCAGAAUUUCAUUUGUGUGACUGACUGCUGAGGUUAAUUGGAUUAAUUACAAAGAAAGAAAAUUGUUGCAUUUUUUUUUCUCCAGUAUUUUACAAUUUUUGUGAGUUUUCCCACCACAAUGACUUAUUUAAAUUGAAGAUGACCACAUUUAGUAGCUAUGUUGUUUUCUACUGUUUUAGAUUAAAUGCAUGUAACAAACUAUGAAAA